AUGAUGCAGAUUCUCAUUCCCGGUGCCCUUGUGGCACUCGUUGGGUUAACCCAAGCCCAAGUAGGAGGCUACGGCCAGUGCGGAGGAAAUGGUUACUCCGGAAGCACAAGUUGCACCGCUGGCUAUGUCUGUGCUUCACAGAAUGCUUCGGCUACAUGCACUGGAACAUUCAGCUCUAUAUCGGCCUCAAACUUCAUUUCCAGUCUUCAUCCCGGAUGGAAUCUCGGAAACACACUCGAUGCUGUUCCUGACGAGGGGUCUUGGAACAAUGCUGCUGUCGUGGCAUCGACAUUUGAUACUGUGAAGACUGCUGGCUUCAGAAGUGUCCGCAUCCCGGUUACAUGGGCUUAUCAUUUUACAGGAAGCUCGCCAGAUUGGACGGUUGAUCCAACGUGGCUGCAGCGAGUUUCUGAUGUUGUGGAUAUGGUUGUGUCUCGUGGGUUGUACGCCAUUGUUAAUGUGCAUCAUGACUCGUGGAUCUGGGCAGAUGUCACUCAGUCCGGAGCCAAUCUCACCAUGAUUGAAGAGAAGUUUUAUCGGCUCUGGUAUCAAAUUGGGACCAAAUUGGCAUGCAAGUCUAGUCUUGUUGCAUUUGAACCUAUCAAUGAGCCCCCGUGUAAUACUGCAACUGAUGGAGCGGAGAUCAACAAGCUGAACAAGAUCUUCCUCCAGGCUAUCAAUGAUGCCGGUGGUUUCAACUCACAGAGAGUCGUUACUCUCAGUGGUGGUGGCCAGGAUAGCGUCAAGACUUCUCAGUGGUUUGUUGCACCUACUGGGUUCUUAAACCCCUAUGCAAUCCAAUUCCAUUACUACAGUCCCUAUGACUUCAUUUUCAGCGCUUGGGGAAAGACCAUCUGGGGCUCCGAGAGCGACAAAGCCACAGUGCAGACCGACUUCCAACUACUUCGCAACAACUUCACCAACGUACCUAUACUCUUAGGAGAAUACGACGCAUCACCCACCAACACGGAGCCCGCUGCCCGGUGGAAAUACGUUGACUUCCUGAUCAAAACAGCCCUCAAACUCGAUAUCUCCUGCGUACUGUGGGAUAAUGGAUUGGAUCAUCUCGACCGCACUGCCAGCACCUGGAGAGACACUAACUCGAUCUCUAUGAUCACGAAAUCUACUGCGUCUACUGCCAACAGCUUGCCAGACAGCACUGAAGACUCUUCUGCCACUACCCAGUCAUCAUCGGCAUAUAUCUUCCAUCAAUACGGAACUGCCGUUGCUGCGUAUACCUUGCCCUUCAUCUUCAACGGCAACACGCUCUCAUCGAUCAGCGACUCUGCCGGCUCGACUUUGGUGUCUGGAACUGAUUAUUCGAUCUCGGGUGCGAAUAUCAUCUUUACGGCUUCGUACCUGUCUAAGCAUCUCUCGGCUACAACGGCGCCAGGAGUAGUUGCCACCUUGACUUUGAAGUUCUCUGGUGGCGCUUCAUCCCCUGUGAUACAGAUUGUUCAGUGGAAGACUCCGAGCUUGUCCAGUACAUCGGCUGUGGCAUCUUCGGCUCUCACAAAGAGUGGAACAUACUUGGUUGAUGACUGGACUGUAUACCUCGGUCCUAUCCAGCAGGCCAGAACGACCUAUAGUGGACAGUAUAAUUGGGAUUCAUCCAACGUGAUUCUCACUUCGUCUGUGAUUAGCUCCGUCAUCUCAGCGGGCCAAUCGACAGUUUUCACGUUUGAGUUCUACCCCCGGGACAAUGGCGUUGUGAAUGCUGUCAACUUCACUUUGACUGUUUAA